GUGGAUGGUACUUGCAUGACAUGGGAGAAUUUUCAAGUGUAUCGAAUGAGAUCCUUCUUCUUUUCCCCUUAAUUUUUCAUCAAUGUUAUUAGCAAAAUAUGACCAAAGUUGUAGAUUGUUAUGUUAUAAAUCCAAUUAUCACUCUUACGUGAAGUCUUAUUAUGUGACUCAUAACCAUGAUACUUCAAACAUUUUUGAGUAUCUUCUUUGUAAUUAGAUGCAGAACCGAGGUACUAUUUGUUACUUCAUUGACAUCUUUCAAAUUAUCAGGUGAACUAACGUGAGUUAAAUAUGCAGGGAACCUUUAAAAGGUCUGAAUGUGGGUGAUGCAAAAAAUUUGAGCCAUGACAAUUUGGAGAGGAUCACUAAUAAUUUCAGUGACCCCAUAGGGAGGGUUGGACGUGCCUCAUUGUUCCGCGGGUUCAUGGAUGAUGGGCAGGAGGUUACUGUCAAAACAUGGGAUUUUAUGUUUCCUGCCGUCUAUCGCUGUGUUGGUUAUCCACGCGAUUUCCAUGAUGAAAUUGUAUUACUGAAAAGGUCAGGACUUAAGUCGUGUCCUUUCUUCUUGAAGCUGGUUGGCUUUUGUUUUGAAAAGAAGUUGGCUAUAGUUUAUGAUCUGAAAUUCAAGAAAUCCUUGUGGCUUUCAUUUGGUUGUGCUGAAUUUGGGUGGAAGGAACGAAUGAGGGUGGCAACUAAUUAUGCACUGCUCCUGAAAACAUUAACCAUGGAAAAAUUGGACCUCGUUUGGUCUUGUGAUGAUAUUAUGAUUGAUGAGGAAUAUAACAUUAAAUUGAUAAACUAUGUGGUCAAUCGUAGGGAAGGUGAAACUUACGAUGGUGCCUCUGUCUCAG